UAACUCCUGACAAAAAGGAUGAGUUAAUUGAGGCGUUAGUUAAGCAAGUGCAGCAACUAUCGGUCAAUUACGUUGCCGCAACCAAUCAACAGGAAAAGGAUCCAUGCGAAAAGUAUAGGGAGAAUCCCAGACCCCGGAGAGAAAUCGUUUGUUACCGGUGCGGCGAGAAGGGACAUAUCGCGAGGCAUUGUAUGUCGGAAAAGAAGUAUCAAGAACCUAAGGAAGAGGAAAGACGUCCGACCGAUAACGUUAGAAGAGUGAACUACUGCGAGUACGAAGAAAAUGAAUUAUACGUAGUGGAUAAAAGAAAGCAGCAAGUACAACCUGAUACCCCUGAAAAAAGACCUAGGUUACAGCCGGAAUCAAAGUGGGAUAAUAGACUCCGGACCCGACCCGAAAAUGAACCACUGCAAGCAAAUGUGGAAGACCAUGUAGAACCCAUGAGGUUGGACGAGUCAAGACCGAUCAAGAAGCCAAAAAGAAAAAGGGGAACGUCCGUAAUAGAUAAGCUCGUCCCCUAUAACAUCGCGGAGGAUUUGUUGAACUCGAGGGCGAACGCCACGUACGGCCAACUGCUCCAAUACCCGAACCAAAGAAGCAACUUAGCUCAAGUAUUACGUCGACCCCUGGUGGCCCAAGAACCCAAAGAAAUUAGAAUACCCCAAGAAGUUCAAGAACCCCAGGUGAUAGAGCAGUUCCUUCAGAACGACAACCUGGAUAAAGAAGAUAAGGAAAAGGCAACGACGUUCUUUAGACAAGAGAGGAACUUGUUCGCAAGCGGUAUUCAAGAACUUGGGGAGACGAACGUGAUAACUCAUCGUAUCGAGACCGGUGAAGCCAGACCGAUAAAGCAGAAGGCGUAUAGGGCGUCACCGAGUGAGCACGAGUUCAUCGAGAAGGAACUAAAAGAGAUGGAAGAAAGAGAAUACUACCACCAUUAUUUCGGCUUUAAGCCGUUUGUUAUUAUAACUGACCACUCCGCACUCAAGUGGCUGCAUAGUACGAAGUUAAAGGGAAAGAGGGCCCGUUGGAUACUUCGUUUGCAGCCCUAUAAUUAUACGAUCCAGCAUAGGUCGGGACGUACCCAUUGGAACGCGGAUGCAUUGUCCCGAUUGAAUGGAGCGGAAGAGGAAGUGGCAGAAGUAUAUAUGGCAAUAGAAGAAGGUGGAAAAGAGGAGUUAAUAACGGAAAACGCCGAAAAACAAACAAGCGAAAUACAACUAAACUUACCCAAGUUCGAAGAAGUAUUCGAUCCAAGAGCCCAACCGAUCGCCCUAUUGUCGUUUACCAAGUUGGGGACUAAGUAUAGGAGUAACUUGGAAUACACGGGACCAAGUAAAUCGUAUGGCAACACAUACGAAACGUAUUACCAUCCAACCCAUUUCGAACACCUUGCGAUAGAAAUCUUGGAUCGAAGAAGGGCCAUCUAUACGAUCGAAUUUCAAGGAUUCAACCUAAUAGCAUCAGAACCCGAACAGUUAUUAGUGUUAAGGGAUUGGGUAAUUUCCGGUGCAAACCAAGAAUUGAUUAGAAGGGAAUACUUACGCGACACCAGAAUCGAUCUGGGAUACGCCGAGCCAUUAAACGUACGAGCGAUUGAAGAAGAGCAAAACACCAAUCGGCGGGAGGACCGAAGA